AUGGUUUCUUCUCAAUUAACUGCUUUAAUUGAAAACAAACCAUUCAAAUCCUCCAAGAACUAUUUACAAUUCCCAAAAAACCCUCCCAAUGAAACAUCAGAUACUCUUGAAUUGGACUUUUCUGAUACAUUUGGUCCUCUCCCACUGCCAGCUGGCAAUUCUGAAAUUCCAAGUGAUGACCCUGUGGUCAUUUACAGCCGUUCACAUUCUUUAGUGGGUCCCACGCCAUGUGUAAACCACUUGCUCAAUCUAAGGAAGUUAACCAUAUGUGAAACGGAUGAAUCAUUGGAGGAUUUCAGUGAUGUGAUAGAUAAAGAGAUUGAAGAAGAAGAAGAUUCUGAAAAUGGUUGUAAGGCGAAGAGCAUAGGGCUUGAAGAUUUUGAAGUCAUGAAAGUUGUGGGGCAAGGGGCUUUUGGUAAAGUGUAUCAAGUGAGAAAGAGAGAUAGUUUGGAAAUAUAUGCAAUGAAAGUUGUGAGAAAAGAUAAGAUUGUGGAGAAAAAUCAUGCUGAGUAUAUGAAAGCAGAGAGGGAUAUCUUGACAAAGAUUGAUCAUCCCUUUAUUGUCCAGCUUCGAUACUCUUUCCAGACAAAAUAUAGACUUUACCUCGUUUUGGACUUUGUGAAUGGUGGACAUCUUUUUUUCCAGCUAUAUCACCAUGGACUGUUUCGAGAGGAUUUGGCACGUAUUUAUGCUGCAGAGAUUGUUUCAGCUGUUUCUCACCUUCAUGCAAAUGGGAUAAUGCAUAGGGAUCUUAAGCCUGAAAAUAUACUACUUGAUGUGGAUGGACAUGCUUUGCUUACGGAUUUUGGGCUAGCAAAAGAGUUUGAUGAAAAUGCAAGAUCAAAUUCUUUAUGUGGAACAGUAGAAUACAUGUCACCUGAAAUUAUUCUUGGUAAAGGCCAUGACAAGGCUGCUGAUUGGUGGAGUGUUGGAAUCUUGUUGUUUGAGAUGCUCACAGGACAGCCACCGUUUCAUGGAGGAAACAGGGACAAAAUACAGAAAAAGAUAGUGAAAGAUAAGAUGAAGCUCCCUGCAUUUUUGUCAAGUGAAGCACACGCCCUUUUAAAAGGGUUGCUACAAAAGGAUCCAAGCAAGAGGCUAGGCAAUGGGGUAACAGGAAGUGAUGAAAUAAAGAAUCACAAAUGGUUCAAACCAAUAAACUGGAAGAAACUGGAUGCACGUGAAAUCCAGCCAAGUUUUCGUCCGGAAGUUUCUGGAAAUCAAUGCAUUGCUAAUUUUGAUAAACGUUGGACGGAUAUGCCCCUACUGGAUUCACCUGCAUCAAGCCCAAAUGGCUCAUUUGACCUCUUUCAGGGGUUUACUUAUGUCAAGCCUGCAGCCUCUUUUCUUCACAGACAAAGCCCAGCAUGCUAAUGGUACUACUUAUUUGUUCUAAAAAACUUGUAUUUCUGAUUUCAAUUUUAGUGUGUUUUAUUACAAUUUUAUUUGUGAUAUGCUUAGUCUCUAUGGUUAUUCAUGGAUAAUUUAAAUUUUAAAUUGGAAGAAACUCUUAAAAUAGAUU